AUGACGUUAGAUUAUAGUGUGCUAACCAUUCUGACGAUAGCAGGAGCUGUAAUUGCAGAAGCACCCAUAACUAUCCCAGUGCGAAUUAUCACACGUAAUUCUGGUUCCGAUGGUGUUGGUGGAGCACUUUCUGGAGGAUCUGGAGGUGGAGGAGUUUUCGCAUCUUAUAACGGAAUUUCCGAUGUGGCUCCACUCUCAGUCAGCAGCGGAGGAUUAAAGGAAGCUUCCAGUAGUGCGCAAUCGUCUGCUGGAGCGCAAAUUGAUGACGCUCUUCUUGAAAAGUUAAGACAACUUUUUCUGGAGAGUAACUCUGGCAGCUUGCGGGGAAAUAGCAUUGCUUUUGAUGAUGGGAGCUCGGCUGCUGGAUUAAGUGGGAAUUUAGGUGCAACAAUUGGAGGAUCGAGUUCUUCUGCUGUUGGUGGUAGUCUCAAUGCGGGUUCUCCUCUAAAUGCGAGAUUAAUCAUCAUCGAUGGCUUGAGGAACGCAGGAGAACUUUCCGGAAGUUUUGGUGAAGGGUCGGUGAUUGCUAAUAGUGCAAACUCGGUUGCUGACAAUGGCAUUUCUAACAGCCUUGGGAGAGGACCUUUAUCUUCCGGCAAUGCGGCUUCUUCUGACGGUCUGGGUGGAUUACAACCUUUGUCUGUAACCAAUAUUGACAGCAGUCUUGUAGCAAGAAUUGAACAACUGCUACUAGAAAACAAUGCUCAAGGGGGUUCCUAUGAACAACGUCCUUCUCUCGACAGUGUCAGCUCCGGUGUUGCUAAUGGUGCAGGCGCGACUGCAGGAUUAUCCGCAGUCGGUGACUCAACAUCUGGCAUCGGUUCUUCGUCGUCUCCCGGAUUGAUCCUAGAUAGCAGUGUGGUUCAGAAAAUUAAUCAAGUGCUUCUUGAACAGAGCUCCGGUGCUAGAUCUGCCAGCUCAGGUUUGGAUUCUGCAACCAUCGGAUUCGGAGCAACUAGUGAAAGUUCGGGUGGUGGUGAUUCUGGAUCAUCAGCUGCUGCUAUCGGCGUUGGAUCCAGUGGAGCUUCGAAUGUGGCCCAGCCAUCAACAAUAGUACUUGAUGACAAUCUUCUGGCAAGAAUUGAACAGAUACUGCAAGCACAAGCACAGGGAACCAGCUCGGCGACCGUUAGUGAUGCAACAGUCUCAUCCACAUCAGCUCAGUCCGGAGCUACCUUAGCUAUUCAAACCAUUCCAAUAUCUUCCAUUCAAACUCAAUCCUUGGGGUCUUCUCUUGGAGGAUCUUCGUCUCUUCCAAUCAGUGAGCUUGGAUCCUCUUCCGGAGGAACAAUCAGUUCCUCCCAAUCAAUUUCAGGCUCAUCUGCUGCACUUUCAGGAGUUUCUCAUCCUUUCUCUAGUUCAUCUUCUGUGGCCAACUUACAACCCCCACCCGCUAGACUAUCCAUUCCAUCAACCUCCUAUGGAGUUCCGACAUUCACUGGCAAUUUUAUUUCUCUAAUCAUGGUGGCAGUCGCCCAGCUUCCGUCGGGUAGUCUAACGCCACUAUCGACGCAGACGAAUUUGGGUGCACUCCAUGUGCCAAGCUAUUAUGGCGGUAACGUUAUCGGUAGACAGUACUUGCAUGAUGUCGGUGGCUCAUUGAAUGCUCCUUCAGUGAUUCAUACGAUUCCUGUCAGCAACAGUCAGUUGUCACUAGGGUACUACGGUGGUUAUGGCGGUAUUCUCGGCACGGAGUUAUAUGGAUACAACCGAGGAAUCAAUGUUGCACCAGCUGGAGGAUUUCUUAGUUAUUCUACUGGACUAGGAUUGAUCCCUUCCAGUGGUUUUUCAUCGAGUGGCAAUUUAUUCAAUAGCUAUAACCAACACUACCCUGGAAGCUCGUUAGGAUAUUUAUCGAGUGACAUUGGCAGAGAGCUACGAUUUAUUCCAAGUGAUAAUUUGGCAUACACUUAUCGGCUCCCCGCUAAUACGUUACAAGUAGGACCUGUUCAAAGCGCGUUGAACUUAGGAGACUCUACGUUAUCUUCAGAUGUCAUCAGACAGUCGACACCGAAUCUGAUUUCUCCUGGUGAUGCUAGUAGUAGCAUUCGCGAAGGUUUACAUGAGGGUCUCGUGAAUGCAGCCAGCAGUCAUGGUUUACCAAAAGGACACUACAAUGAUUCUAAUAAACAACAAGUUACAGGUUUCAGUAAGAAUGCCAUCAGCACCGAAACGUCUGACAGUUUUGGAAAAAAUCCAAAAACAAUUGGUAGUGCUGAACCCACUAAAAACGCAUCGUCUGGUGAAGUGGUAAUUUUCGUUCUUAAAGAUGACUACGAUGGAGAACGUAAAGACGGCUUCAAUGAUGGAUCUGGGGGUAGCAGGUAUUCUGAUGGCGCCGAUGACAGCAUAAUAGUUAUUAACGCUGGCGGUGAAAAUUUGAACCACUCUGGUAGGCAGGUUGCCGCUGAUAACAGUAAGCCUAUCAUCAAAGCAACGAACGAUGUCAAUCCAGCUACAAAGCUCCAGAAAGUGCCUUCAGCGUUUGAGAAUUUGCAGGCCAAAUCAUCACAAGCACCACUUUCUAGACCCGUAACUGCUUCGCCGCCAUUUAGACUAUCUGUCCUGCUGAUGGCAGGAGCUGCUAUGGCUGAACCUCCAUCGGGUUAUGUGUACUCUGCUCCAUCGGGAGGCAGCCUGGGUGGUCUUGGUGGAGGACUUGGAGGUGGUGGUGGAGGUCUCGGCGGUGGGGUCGGUGGUGGCUCCGGUGCCGGAAUUGGCGGUGGAUUCGGUGGCGGCUUCGGUGGAGGACUCGGUGGUGGCAUUGGAGGCGGUAGCGGAGGAGGUUUAGGCGGUGGUGCUAGCGUUGGAACAAUCAUUCUGGCCACAGGUGGCGGAUCGGGUGGUAGUGGAAUCGGUGGUGGAAUCGGAGGUGGAAUUGGAGGUGGAAUUGGAGGCGGUCUUGGAGGAGGACUAGACGGUGGAUUCAGUAGUGGAGAAGGAGCUUCCAUCGGUGGCUCCGGAUCACUCGUCGAUGGUGCCGUUCUUGCCCAGGUUCAGCAAGUGAUUAUUGCUCACGAAAAUAGCGGAUCCGGAUCUAUCGGUGGAGGAGUCGGCGGUGGACUAGGAGGUGGAAUUGGUGGUGGAAUUGGCGGGGGAAUCGGAGGAGGCCUUGGUGGAGGACUCGGCGGCGGUAGCGGUGGAGGACUCGGUGGUGGAGUUGGUAUUGGGACAAUCAUUCUGACCACAGGUGGUGGAUCCGGUGGUGGUGGUAUCGGUGGUGGAAUCGGCGGUGGAAUCAGCGGUGGAUUUGGUGGUGGCUCUAGCUAUGCUGCUGCCGCUCCACGUAGAGCUUAUGGUGUUCCAAAGUCUACGUAUGGAGUCCCAUUUCGUCGUUAA